AUGCCCGGAAUUAACUACACUGAAGUGACAGAGUUUAUUCUGUUGGGUCUAACAAGCCGUCCAGAGUUGCGACUCAUGUUUUUUGUGUUGUUCCUUAUUGUAUACAUUGUCACUGUGGUGGGAAACCUGGGCAUGAUCAUUUUAAUCAAAAUUGAUUCUCGACUUCACACGCCUAUGUACUUUUUCCUUUCAAGUUUAUCUGUUCUAGAUCUGUGUUUCUCCACAAAUGUCACUCCCAAAAUGCUAGAAAAUUUCGUAUCAGAGAAGAAGACCAUUUCCUAUGCGGGUUGUUUGGUGCAGUGCUAUAUCGUGAUUGCUGUGGUCCUCACGGAGCACUGUAUGUUGGCUGUCAUGGCAUACGACCGCUACAUGGCCAUCUGCAAUCCUCUGCUCUACAGCAGCAAGAUGUCCAAGAGUGUCUGUGUCCGCCUGGUCACUAUUCCUUAUGUCUAUGGCUUCCUUCUCAGUGUGAUGGAAACCUUGAGGACCUACAACCUCUCCUUCUGUGGCGCUAAUGAAAUCAACCAUUUCUACUGUGCCGAUCCUCCUCUUAUCAAACUGGCAUGCUCUGACACCUACAGCAAAGAGUUAUCGAUGUACAUAGUAGCUGGCUACAGCAAUGUCCAGUCCCUUCUGAUUAUUCUCACGUCCUACAUGUUCAUCCUUGUUGCUAUCCUCAGAAGCCGUUCCGCAGAGGGGAGAAAAAAGGCUUUUUCCACCUGUGGCUCCCACCUGACAGUAGUCACAAUCUUCUAUGGAACCCUCUUAUGUAUGUACCUGAGACGACCUACAGAGGAGUCUGUAGAGCAGGGCAAGAUGGUGGCUGUGUUUUAUACCUCAGUGAUCCCAAUGCUUAACCCCAUGAUCUAUGGCCUCAGGAACAAGGAUGUAAAAGAGGCAUUGAAGAAAGCUAUGGGAAAGCAAAAAUUGGGGAAAUAA